AUGCCUCUCGUCCUUACAUUCUCGGAGAAUAACCCACUAGACUCGACUAUCGUCGACGAGAGCACGCACGUCCCGACUCCUCGCUACGAGACAUUCACCAUCAAGGUGACGGGCGGCCAGAGUAAGACGACUUUGUGGGCGCUGGCCCCAUCGCGCAGCAUCGUAGCGGAGGUGGAAUGGGAGCGGUCAUUCAAGUCGGGCAAAAUCACGAUGGAGGGCCGAUGCAUGGAGAUGGAUGCACUGUUGCUUGGAGGCGGCUUUCUUAGUCGAACUGUGCGUAAAUUUCAGCUUCCCGGAGGGCGACUAUACAAAUGGAAGCAAUCUGGUGCUGUGGAUCUCAAACUUGUCGACCCGGAGGAUGGCUCUCUUAUUGCGCGUUCGUUGCACGCCAAGUUAGGGAUGUUUGAGGAGCAACGAGACUUGACUCUAGAAAUCUCGGAUAGAGGCCUGGCCUCCCUCAACUUGAUCCUGCUCACGUUUCUGUUGGUAGAGCAUCUCGCAAGAGAGCAGCGCCGCGCGUCUGUUCGUAUGAAUCCCGUCAACAAUAUCAACAGCCUCAACAUGAUCAAUACAAUGAAUGUCAUCAAUAUGACCAGUAUAUAA